AGUGUAUAGAAACAGUCCAUGGAGACAAUAUACACGUGUCACCAUGGUUUGGCGGGUUAGUAUGGAUUGGUUCAUGAUGGCCAGCGUAGAUGAAUGGUCACUUUCAGUAUUGUUUGAUUCGAUGAUUCCAAACACAGAAAAUGAGCAUCAAGGUACAGCAGGGGAGAUGGGGUUUGAACAAGGGUCCUGACCCAAAACAUCACCCAUCCUUUUCCUCCAGAGAUGCUGCCUGACCCGCAGAGUUACUCCAGCACUUUGUGUCUAUCUUUCUACACUGAUUAAGAGGUGUUGGUUAAUAAUGCAGAGAGAAUGGAACAUUAAAAAAAGUUCACUAAACAUAGAAACAUAGAAAUUAGGUGCAGGAGUAGGCCAUUCGGCCCUUCGAGCCUGCACCGUCAUUCAAUAUGAUCAUGGCUGAUCAUCCAACUCAGUAUCCCGUACCUGCCUUCUCUCCAUACCCCCUGAUCCCCUUAGCCACAAGGGCCACAUCUAACUCCUUCUUAAAUAUAGCCAAUGAACUGGCCUCGACUACCCUCUGUGGCAGAGAGUUCCAGAGAUUCACCACUCUCUGUGUGAAAAAAGUUCUUCUCAUCUCGGUUUUAAAGGAUUUCCCCCUUAUCCUUAAGCUGUGACCCCUUGUCCUGGACUUCCCCAACAUCGGGAACAAUCUUCCUGCAUCUAGCCUGUCCAACCCCUUAAGAAUUUUGUAAGUUUCUAUAAGAUCCCCUCUCAAUCUUCUAAAUUCUAGAGAGUAUAAACCAAGUCUAUCCAGUCUUUCUUCAUAAGACAGUCCUGACAUCUCAGGAAUCAGUCUGGUGAACCUUCUCUGCACUCCCUCUAUGGCAAUAAUGUCCUUCCUCAGAUUUGGAGACCAAAACUGUACGCAAUACUCCAGGUGUGGUCUCACCAAGACCCUGUACAACUGCAAUAGAACCUCCCUGCUCCUAUACUCAAAUCCUUUUGCAAUGAAAGCUAACAUACCAUUGGCUUUCUUUACUGCCUGCUGCACCUGCAUGCCUACCUUCAAUGACUGGUGUACCAUGACACCCAGGUCUCGCUGCAUCUCCCCCUUUCCCAAUCGGCCACCAUUUAGAUAAUACUACAGCUGUCCAAAGCACAGGUGGACGCUGGGAUGCCUGAGGAGGCUUAGUCACUGCGUUUAACCAAAUCAGGGGUCAAUAGUUGACGGGACUAGGCAUUUAAUCAGGUGGAAGGUGAGGCAUGAUUUCAAUGAAUGGGGCAGGUUAAAGGGAGUGUCAUAUUGACUCAUUAUGCCAUUAUUGAAGACCGUUCAGAGGAGGUCGGUUUCACUUUAUGACGCUGGGCGUGGAAAUAUUGUGAAUUGAGAAAAGGUUGAAUUCAUACUCAUUGAAGCUGAAAAGGACGAAAGUUUUUCCCACAGUGAAGUGAAUCUCUGCAGUCUCAACGAUGACUUCUCUGCUGUUACUUGCUCUGCUGUCCGUCUGCUGGGCUGAUUCUCAUUUUAACCUGAACUCCACAGACUCAAAAUACUUCAGAACGAUCUACAUUGCAGAUAAUGGAUCGCGACUGGGCAUAAAGAUAGAUCAACCAAAGGUUAUCUCUUACCGAGGUAGCAAUGCCACUCUCGCCUGUAAGUUCUAUUACAAACCAGUUCCUGCUCGUGGAGCUCAAAGUCCUUUCAAAGUCAGGAUCAAGUGGACCAAACUCACCUCAGAUUACCUCAAGGAAAUUGACGUCUUUGUUUCAUUGGGAAACAACUGGAAAAGUUUUGGAAAGUACCAGGGAAGAGUUUCCCUGAAUGAAGCCGAUGAGAACGAUGCCUCCAUAACAAUUACAGAUUUAACUUUGGAGGACUACGGUAAAUACAAAUGUGAAAUCAUUGAGGGACUGGAUGACGUCACAGGCACCAUAUUGCUGGAUCUCCAAGGUGUUGUAUACCCAUACUUCCCACGGCUGGGUCGUUACAAUCUGAACUUUGAUGAGGCUCAGAAGGCAUGCGAGGAUCAAGACGCGAUCAUUGCCUCUUUUGAUCAGCUUUACGAAGCGUGGAGAGGAGGACUGGAUUGGUGUAACGCAGGCUGGCUGAAUGAUGGGUCUGUACAAUAUCCCAUUACCAAGCCACGGGAGCCAUGUGGAGGGCAAAACACAGUGCCUGGUAUCCGAAGCUAUGGAUACAGAGACAAGAUGAAGAACAAAUAUGAUGUCUUCUGCUUCACAUCCAACUUCAACGGGCGUUUCUACUACCUGAUUUACCAUCGGAAGCUCACCUAUGGAGAAGCCGUGCAGGCCUGCGCCCGAGAUGGUUCCCAGAUUGCAAAAGUUGGUCAGAUGUACGCUGCCUGGAAGUUGCUGGGCUACGACCGCUGCGAUGCGGGCUGGCUUGCCGAUGGUAGUGUCCGCUAUCCCAUCUCCAGACCCCGCCAUCGGUGCAGUGAGAGCGAAGCAGCCGUGCGUUUCUCCGGCUUCCCGGAUAAAAAACAUCGGCUAUACGGCGUCUACUGCUUCAGAGGCAACUGAUCAUUCAUGUCAAAGCUUAGUUGGAGAUGAGUAUUAUUUCAAUUCUGCACAUGUGAAGGAUGUACUUUCAACGAUAUGAACUCAUGUUACCAAAACUGUGAUACAAAAAUGUUUUUCUUACUGUACAAUGUCAUUUUCCAUGCAAGCCAGACAUUUUUUUUCUUUGUUGUAAUGUAUCAUAGUCAUUAAAUAUUAGAAAUAAUAUAAUUUUUAUAGGAAGUUGUACCAAGAUUAAGCACCAAUUUGUUUUCUGGCUAAGUAGCAUUCAACCAAAAUGAUCCUAAUCAUUGUCCUCGCCAUGCCUAAUAUUCGGCAACUAUCGGGGCAUGCCAUGGCUAGGCAUUAAGUCAUGUAAUAUCAUUCAGUUGCAAAAUGUGCAUUUCUCAGGCAAUAUUUUAGUUCUUUUCAGUGAAAUAUGCAUUCUGGAUUCGUCUUGCUUUGUAAACUUUCUGAAACAUGGUGCAUUUCUGGCACUCCAAGAAAGUUGGGCAUGUCAGUGGAAAAAAUAUGUCGCUACACCUUUAAUUCCCACAAGAAACUAAUAAUUGUCCAAAAUGUAUCUCUCUGAUUGUGUGCUUUUGCAAUCCUCGGCACUCUAGUUAUUCCACAAUUGUUUCAUGUUGUAUUUAAUGAAUUUACUAGCUGAAUUUUUGUCCUUAAAUACAAUGCAUGGUGCACAUUCCCCUUCUCCCUAGACCGAUUAUUGAAGUUAUUGUGCAGAAUAAUGACUUGUCGGAGAAAAGCAAUACCUUCAUCUCAUUCAGCUGAAGGUCACCUGUGCUCUUUCAACAGAGGUUAAGAUGCCGUUGAAGGGGUGUAUAUGUGUGGGUGCGAGUGAGUCUGUUACAUCUCUAAAUGGUAAUCAAAUGCUGUUGAACAACCCUUUGCAGGUCUUGCUGUGCACAUAAUCCAACGGUUAAAUAAUUCAUCAAAUAAAGCAUACGUUCUGCCAGUUUCAGUGUGUGAGUAGAUUUUAUAUCGGACAGAAGCAAAACCCUUCCUGAGGUGGAUGAAUUUUUUUCUUUGGGAGUGGGUUGGGGGUUAUUAUCAUGUAUUGAGGAACUCCAGUGAGACACUAGUCCCACCUGCCUGCGUUUGGCCCAUAUCCCUGUCAACCUAUUCUAUCCUGUCUAAAUGUUUCUUAAAUGUCGUGAUCAUACCUGCCUCAACUACAUCCUCCGGCAGCUCGUUCCAUACCCCCACCACCCUUUGUGUGAAAAAUUGAGCCCUCAGGUUCCUCUCAAGUGUUUCCCCCUCACCUUAAAACUAUGUCCCCUGGUUCUCGAUUCCCCUAUUCUGGGCAAGAGACUCGGUGCGUCUACUCGAUCUGUUCCUCUUUUUCACCCAGAGGGUGGUACGAAUAUGGAACGAGCUGCCAGAGGAAGAGGUUGAGGAAGGUACAAUAACAACAAGUAUAAAACAUUUGGAAAAGUGCAUGUGUUGGAAAGGUUUCGAGAGAAAUAGACAAUAGACAAUAGGCAAUAGGUGCAGGAGUAGGCCAUUUGGCCCUUCGAGCCAGCACCGCCAUUCAAUGUGAUCAUGGCUGAUCAUCCCCAAUCAGUACCCAAUUAUGACAAAUGGCGAGCUUAGAUGGGCAUCUUGGUCAGGAUAAGUUGGGCUAAAAGGCCUGUGUGACUCUAUAUAUCUGCAUGACUCUAUGUAUCUAUGCCACUUUGUUUUACUGCAUUUGGAUUGAAAAGCAAUUUCUAGUGGGAAAACUAAACUUGCAGGGUGACCAUAUGGUCUACAAACAAGAACACCCAGGAGUUGAGGAGGAGUGACCAUGAAGAAGAAAAAAAGUUGGUAUAGAUUAGAAUAAUAUUUCACCAGAAGCACAUUGUUAAAUGUGUGGUAGACAAAAAUGCUGGAGAAACUCAGUGGGUGAGGCAGCACCUAUGGAGCGAAGGAAAUAGGCAACGUUUUGGGUCGAGACCUUUCUUCAGCAAUUACAUAGAAUGUUUAACUUAGUAUAGUACAGCACAGGAACAGUUCUUUCAGCGACUAUGCCGAACUAGAUGCCACGUUAAGUAAAAAAGCCAAGACUACCUAAUAACCUCUUAAGUGGCACUAUCGUAUCCGCAACCCCUGGCAACACAUUCCAGGCACCCACCACCCUCUGUGCAAAAACCUGCUCCACACAUCUCCUUUAAAUCCCCCCCUAUGACCUUAAACCUAUGCCCUCAAUCUUUAACAUUUUCACCCUGUGAAAUAGAUUCUGCUUGUCAUAUCCAUGGCUCUCAUAACUUCAUACACUUCUCCCCGCAAAUGCCCUAGAGAAAACAAUCUAAUUUAGUUAUGAAAUAGAAAAAUAGUUGUCUUUCUAAUGAAGAACCGUGUUCAAUGUCCAAGUUGGAAUCCAAAGCAUUGACUGGCAUACACAUAAUUUGGUUCCUUACAUGAAAUACCACAAUGGUGGUUCUUAGCCGGAAAUCCCAGUGAGAUCAAAGGAUAUUGCAUGGUUAAACUUUUGCUUAAAGUAAUUCCAAAUGUGUAAUAACUCACUCAUUUUGCAAAUUUCAAAGCAUUUGUAUUUCAAUGGAUACUAACAUGAACUAAUUCAUAUCUAAUUAACCCAUGAAUGAAUGUUUUUUAGUUUUCCUGUUUGUGUCUGGGUUUUAACCAGCUUCAUUUUGAUGGUGAAAAGAUAAUUGUACUGAAAGCAUUUGUGGUGAUGACAUUGGCAGCUGUUCCUGGCAUCUCAUGGGGCUGUACGUCUGCUGUCAGACUUGACUUGUAUGGUCUCACAAGGACAUGAAGGAGCACAGAAGCAUGGUAAUUUAGGAAGGAGAUGUGUCCAGCAGGCCCUGUAAGAACUGUCCGUUGGGUGAUUCUACAUCCGAUGAGAAGUGGCACAGUGGUAGAGACCCAGCUUCGAUCCUGACUACGGGUGCUGUCUGUACGGAGUUUGCACGCCCUCCCUGUGACCGCACAUCUCCUCCUCCAUUCUAAAGACGUACAGGCUUGUAGGUUAAUUGGCUUCUGUAAAUUGUCGCUAGUGUGUGUGGGAUAGUGCUAGUGUAGGGGUGAUCGCUGGUCGGCGCGGACUCGAUGGGCUGAAUGGCCUGUUUCCAUGCUGUAUCUCUAAAGUAAAGUCUAAAGACUAUGUGUCAUUCACUCCCCACCCUGAAAUUAGCAUCUGAACCUCACAAUUAGCAUUGGACCUCAAUCUAAUUAUACUAAUUAUAAUCUAAUUAUACUAAUUAGAUGUGGUGGGGCUGGAAGAGAGACCUUAAGGAAAUCAAAUAACCAAGUGGGGUGAGCCUCAUAAAGCCAGUAAGUUGUAGAUUUUAUUUAAGAUAAAAGAUAUGUUUUCUACCUGAUUUCUAAACAGGGAGAUAACAGAGACAAAAGUCACCUGCAAAAUUAUGUUUAAAAAAUGGAGGCAAUACUGCAAAACUAAUGUGUAAAGUUGUGGUGAAUGAGAAAUGAAAAGAUGCCUUCUGCAGCAUUAUUCCAUGGAAGGCAUCUUGUCAUUCUCGUAAAAUGAUGUUCUCCACUGUAACUUGCUGUGCAGCUGCACGACCUAACAACUCCCACUAAACACGUCCACCUAUCUUUUAGACAGUUUAAAACCUACCUCUUGAAUUAAGCUUUUGGGCAUCUGCACUAAAAUCUCCUUGUGUGUAUUGCCAUCAUUUUUAAUAAUGCUCCUGUGAAACGUUGACUUAUUAAAGGGUGCUGUAUAAAUGGAGGGAGUUUUUUAUAUUGUUUCAAAAAGAAACAUGCUGAAUGAUGGUAGCGAGAUGGCUUUGGUUUAGAGAGUUGGAAAUUGCCUAUGAGAAAGUGUCAUUUCUCCAGAAACAAUAAGUCCUGAGUAGUGGGUGUUGUUUUCAGGAUGAGGAAAGAGAAAAUGAAGAGUUUUAAAGUUGUAUAAAGUUUGCCUCGGACAGAGCUGAGAAUGGAUAAUGGCGUGCAGCUGCUUAUAUGUUUAAAAGUUCAUAAUGGAGAAAUCAUGUUCUGCCCAUUCGUGUUUCAAACUGUACAGUGAGCAAUAUUGCAUGCUAUAAAAAUCCCUGAUCGCCAACAAUGCUGUGCAAUACAAUUAUUGUACUAUAUCCUGCUGCAGUCUCUGCAUUUUUGUUUGCGAUCAAUAUAUUGUGCAUGUUGUGCCAUUGGCUGGGCAGUGCCUUUUUUUCACAAAAUAUUAUAUGCUGCAAUCUUACGGAUAUUGCAAAUGCUUUGCGUAGGGUUUGCCUGGGAAGUGUUACUGUGCAUUGAAUGACUUUACAGAGAUAUUUCUGUUAAUUCUAAGAUAAAUUAAUAGUUUAAGAACUCAGGAUAGCAAACUGAAAACAAAACUGCAGGGCAGAGAAACCAUAGGGAUUAGCAAUAUAUUCGUGUCAUUGUAACAUUCUUUAUAUAUGUUUCUGUUGCAACAUAGGAAUAACAAUAUACACUUAUGAGUUACUGAGUAAAACUGCGACUCUCUCGAUCGGAAAAGCCAACGUUUCUGAGAUGAAUUGGUUCACUGUAUCUAAGAGCAGAAAGCCUGAAUCUGGCAAAAUGAAUAAAUUGACAGCUGUUUUUGAGACUUACAACAGAGAAAGUUGCAAACUGUAUUAAAGAGUAUAAUUGGACAUAAACUGCAAAGAAUUAGGCUGAAUGUAUUAUUUUGUUUGUGCAGCAGAUGCCCUUGGAAGCUGUAUGCUCUCAGUAAUUUUCAUAUUUCCUUAGCUCAUCUCAAAUCUGUCAGCAUAUGUGAAAUAUAAAAAUGUUGUUUUUUUAAGCUGUUUGAGUAUGUACUGUAUAUGGAUAAGUGAGGGUGUAAUUUCCUACGCACUGAUUUAAAUAUAUACGCUUAAUUCCAAUGUAGAUUUGAGUGUUUUUUUACUUUUAAAACCAUAUGCAAAAUGUUGUAGUUGGAAUAAGGGGGUCGUGUAAGCUUUUACAAGACCCAACGAUGUACACCAUUGUUUUUCAAAGACACAAUGUGUAGGAAGGAACUGCAGAUGCUGGUUUAAAUCGAAGAUAGACAUGAAAUGCUGGAGUAAUUCGGCGGGACAGGCAGCAUCUCUGGAGAGAAGGAAUGGGUGGCGUUUCGGCUUUCAACCCAGGGUCUAGACCCAAAAUUUUCUGAAUGGUUUAAAACUGAAUACUGAAGAGGGGUCUCGACCCGAAACAUCACCCAAUCCUUCUCCGCAGAGAUGCUGCCUGUCCCGCUGAGUUACUCCAGCAUUUUGUAUCUAUUUUUCAAUGACAUUUUGUUAUAGGAUUCUUCUGUCAAUAACCAUAUGAAACACAUAGGGUUGAAAGCAGGCAUCUCAUUGAAGCUUCGACAGAUACCUGCAGGGAUUUCUGGAUCAAGGGUAUUAUCAAUGCCACCUUUAUAUUCUUUAACUGUUAAAUAUCUCGCCUCAAACAUACAACUUUUUCAUCUGUACAUUGAGUAUAUGUUCCAGUAUAUGGAUCAUUCCAAUACAACCCACUGUUUGCAAACAGUUUCAGUUUAAUCUCAUGAAACAGUGAUAUGAUAAAAGUUUGUUGCUGAGUCUAUUUAAAAUAGUGCCAAGGCUUGCUGCAUAAGUCUUGCCCAAGGGAAAGACGCUGGCUUCUUUUUUUAUUUGCUGACUAUGUUAUUUUCCUGCACCAACACACUGCAGUAUUUUGUCAAUCUGGGUUAUUCUUCAUUUAACCCUCGGAGAACGGAAUACAUGAUUGCAUCCUGCAGCAUUCUGCGGAGAUCUGAUAUUAUCGAGGGGCAAAUUGCAAGUUUAUUUUUGGAUCGCAUGUGCAUCAAACAAUUUGUUUUGAUAUCACCAAAUAUUUAUCAUGCUGCAGGUCGCAGACUGUCUCACAGGACUCGAUGGGCUUGGAGAUACCUUGUUAUGUGAAUAAAUGUAUAAUGUGCUUCUAUGUUUGAAUGCCUUCCUUGCAGCUAUUUGCACUGUACUGCAUUAAUACUAUUGCCAUGUCUUCUAGAAAAGUACUAAAAUUACAUUUACAAAUGAAGCAAUUGAUUUAAUAUAAUGUAAAUUGUAGCAUAACAUGAAAAGUCAAAUAAUAAAGCCCAGCGAUCAAUAUUUGAAUGAACGUAUUUCAAGUAUAAAAGUAAUCUUUUUUGUGCAUUUUGUGACAGGAGCACAUCAAUGCUAAUAAAACAUGGAACUUAUUGUUUCCUUCA